CAUAAACCCAACAACCCCUCGCACGAUUCCUCACAUAUUCUCGAAUCAACCGCAAACAUGGGCUUCACCGAUCUUGUAUCCGACGCUGGUCUCACGCUCCUGAACAACUGGGUGAAGACGCGCAGCUACAUCAUUGGCUACACGCCAUCGCAGGCAGACGUCAAAGUCUUCCAGCAGAUCAAGCAGAUCCCCGCCCCAGAGAAGUACCCAUACGCAUGGCGCUGGUACAACCACCUCCUCACCUUCGAGGGCGAGUUCGACUCCCUGCCCGGUGACCCCACCAAGGAGUUCACCGCAUACGGCCCUGACUCAUCUGAGCUCACCCUCAACCCCGCCAAGGCACCUGAGAAGGCUGAGGAGGAGGACGAUGAUGAGGUCGACCUGUUCGGCAGUGACGACGAGGAGGUCGACGAGGAGGCCGAGAAGCUCAAGCAGCAACGUCUGGCCGAGUACAACCAGAAGAAGGCCGGAAAGGUCAAGCCCGCUGCCAAGUCCAUUGUCACACUCGACGUCAAGCCAUGGGACGACGAGACGAACAUGGAAGAGCUCAAGAAAAACGUCCUCGCUAUCGAGCAGGACGGUCUUGUCUGGGGUGGAGCGCAGUUCAUUGCUGUCGGUUUCGGUAUCAAGAAGCUACAGCUGAACGUUGUCAUCGAAGACGACAAGGUCUCGCUGGACGACCUGCAGGCCAAGAUUGAGGAGGACGAGGACCAUGUCCAGUCCACCGAUGUCGUGGCUAUGCAGAAGUUGUAGAUGACUGUCUCAAGAGAGGCUUUAUGAUGAACGAUGCAUGACUGGUUGGGAUAGGUUACGGAUUUACGUCUUUAUGAGCGGUUGCUAGACGGAAAGAAAUGACUUGGUACAAUACCAAUACCCACUGCGGGACACCAGCCA